AUGGCAGACUGGGGUAGGCUGGUACCUGCGUUCCUGGCAGCAUUUGGAGCCCAUCUUUACGAAAAGUGCCCAAGUAAAGACACUGUGUCCUGUAGGGACAUGGUGGUGCAAGUUCUCUGCCCACUGGCAGAGCAUUGGGUGGACAUUGGAAUACUGGUGUCAUGCAUGGGCUUCGGCCUCAGCUGCACUCAUGAGCCAGAGGUUGAUUUGGGAAGGGAAAUACGCCACACUGGAGGUCCUGGCAUUUGUGGUGGCCAACAGGCCCUGCCAACUGCAGUGGCCGCCUCUGAAGAAUCGACCAUGCAUGUGUUCCUUUGGUGGUGGCUCUGUGCCUUAUGGCGGCAGGUCUGA